UUACACUUCAUUCUUUUCCUUCUUUCACUGAACAAGAAAAGGUGCAACUUUACUUACUGGGUAACUGACAAAGGAAGAGGACCCACAUGCUUUAGUAGACAUUGAAAUUCAGCUGCCUCUCCUCUCUUCUCCGAUUUUCUCCAUCUUCAAACCAAACUCGUCUUUUUUCUGUUCCUAUUUACCUUAAAAAGAUUCCUCUGUUCCUAUUUACCUUUUUUCUUAUCCUUUUUUGCGUAGAAUCUAAGUACCCCUUUUUUUUUCUUUCUUUCUUUUGGUUCCAGGGUAUAUACACUACUUUACUCUAAUCCCUUUGUGAUUGUUUUUCGUUACUUAUUAAAUUAUGAUUCAUCAGAAUCCGUUAUUACCAAAGAUUCUUAAUCUCUUCCUGCUCAGUUCACUUCUCACUUCAUUCUGCUAACUCACUAUUUUUCCUUUUUCUUUCUUGCUUUCGCUGUCUUUAAUCGUGGGUGUGGUGCAGUUUUUUUAUUUUUCUGAAGUAAUUUGACUUGGGUUUGAAUUAUUCAUCAAAUGUUCUAUUGGGUAUUGCGGAAGUGAAGAGAUUUCGGCAAACAGGUUUGCCAACCUGAAGGUGAAUAAUUUUGCAUGAAAUGGGUUGGUUUAGAAAGUUGCUUAAAGGUUCUGAUCAUAUUUCACGUGGACAAUACCAAGGCAAAUAUGGAGAAGACAGAAUUUGGGAUACCCAUCGUAGUUCAAUGGAUGAUUUAACAGAUAUAGAGAAAGAAGACAUUGACCGUGCAAUUGCACUCUCUCUGUCAGAGGAGGAUCAUCUUAAAGGUAAAAAAGUUGUUGAGGAUGACUCUCAGUCUGAAGAUGAUAAACUCUGUAAAAUUGACGAUGAGGAAGAUGAAUAUCUUGCUAAAAUUCAGCAAGAAGAUGAAUAUCUUACUAAAAUUCAGCAAGAAGAGGAUGAACGUCUUGCUAAAAUUCAACAAGAACAUGAGCGUCUUGCUAAACUUCAACAAGAAGAAGAUGAACGUUUGGCUAAAAUUCAACAAGAACAUGAGCGUCUUGCUAAACUUCAACAAGAUGAGGAUGAACGUCUGGCUAAAAUUCAACAAGAUGAAGUUGAACAUCUUGCUAAAGCUCAACUUGAGGAAGACGAGCAACUUGCUCGGGCAAUUCAAGAAAGUUUGACCAUUGAUUCUCCUCCUCGAUCAGACAAUGAUUCUUCAUUUCUAUCUUAUCCUCACCUCUUUCCCCCUGGAUACAGAACCUGUGCUGGGUGCAAGACUGAGAUUGGCCAUGGAAGAUUUUUAAGUUGCAUGGGAGGUGUUUGGCAUCCAGAAUGCUUCUGCUGCCACGCAUGUCGUCUGCCAAUCACUGAUUAUGAGUUUUCCAUGUCUAGCAAUCGCCCUUACCAUAAAUCAUGCUAUAGGGAGAAGCAUCACCCCAGAUGUGAUGUUUGCAAGAGCUUUAUCCCAACUAAUUCAUCUGGCCUCAUUGAGUAUAGAGCUCAUCCUUUCUGGCUGCAAAAAUACUGCCCAUCUCAUGAGCUUGAUGGCACACCUCGUUGCUGUAGCUGUGAAAGAAUGGAGCCAAGGGAUGCAAAAUAUCUUUUGCUUGAUGAUGGUCGAAAGCUAUGUUUAGAGUGUCUAGACUCAUCAAUUAUGGAUACUCAUGAAUGCCAACCUCUCUACCUUGAAAUACAAGAAUUUUAUGAAGGUCUAAAUAUGAAAUUGGAGCAGCAAAUUCCAAUGCUCUUGGUUGAGAGACAAGCUCUGAAUGAGGCCAUGGAGGGAGAAAAGAAUGGUCAUCACCACUUACCUGAAACCAGAGGACUCUGCUUGUCAGAAGAGCAAACUGUCACCACUAUUUCAAGGAGGCCGAGGAUCGGAGCCGGCUACCGAGUCACAGACAUGAUAACUGAACCCUUUAAGCUGAUCCGUCGCUGUGAAGUGACAGCCAUUCUAGUUUUGUAUGGCCUUCCUAGGUUGUUAACAGGAUCAAUCCUAGCUCACGAGAUGAUGCAUGCAUGGCUUAGGCUUAAAGGCUAUCCUAACCUCAGUCCAGAAGUUGAAGAGGGAAUCUGCCAAGUGUUGGCUCAUAUGUGGUUAGAUUCAGAGCUGUAUUCGGGAUCUGGGAAUGGCGGUGCAUCAUCAUCCUCGUCUUCAUCUUCAUCAUCACCUUCCUCCUCUUCUGCAUCAUCAAAGAAGGGUAAACGUUCGGACUUUGAGAAGAAACUUGGUGAGUUUUUUAAACACCAGAUUGAAUCAGAUACCUCCUCAGCUUAUGGAGAUGGAUUCAGAUCGGGUAACAAAGCAAUGCUCAAGUAUGGGCUCAAAAGCACCCUUGAUCAUAUCCAUAUGACAGGAAGUUUUCCAUACUGAAAAUUUUAAACAAGAUAUAAUUUUCUCACCUAUAUAUAUUCAUCAUUACUGCGGCUUCGUCAUAUAAACCAUAUAGUUCAAAGAUUUCAAGAUCAUAUAGUUUAACACUAAGGAAUAAAAUUGCUCCUCUUAUGUUCAAGUUCCUUAAUUUCGUGUCAAAUGUGGCACCUCAUGUUCUAUAUGUAAAACUAAACACUGCUUAGGAAUUUAGAGGAGCUGAAGCAAUGAAAAGAAAAUUUGAUUAUUCCACUGUUGCA